AUGGAACUGAUUAUUCACUUAAUGUUGGACAAUGACGUAUUCUGCCUCGGUCUCGCUGAGAUCGACUUUCAUCACCAUACUGCCACCUCCCUCCUGCUCAAAAAAGGCCUGGAAUAUCCAUACCUUCUCCAUGAAAUGCUCGCCUUUUCCUCCCUCCACCUAGCCUCUAUGCGUCCUGCAAAAUCGAUUUCUUACCAGCAACAAGCUAUGGCACUACAAACCCGUGCCGUCUCCCUCUUCAACUCAUAUUGGACGGAAAUUGAUGAGACAAACUGUGUCGGUAUUCUUUUGUUCUCCUCCGUCCUUGGCCACCAUCUUCUCGCCGACACGAUUGCAAAUCAAGAUAUAGGUGCCCUAGACUGCUUUAUGGCAAAGUAUCUGCAUUGUGUUGAGAUACACCGAGGUAUUCACACCCUCGCUAUGUCUGCUUGGCCACAGUUGAUGAAAUCGGAGCUUGAGCCUAUCCUUUCAGCAAGCUCGCGCUUCACAUCGCGUUCACCGAGAGGAAGUGACUGCGAGGACAUUUCUGGUUUGAUUUCCGAUUCUCAGGGACUGGGAGACGAAGACAAGGAAGCCUGUCAGCUUGUCAUUCGAAAUCUGCAAAUUGGCUUUGACGCUGUAUCGACUGAAUUAGGGCAGGGAUACCGGCACUACAUGAUCUACACGUGGUUGAUGCUAGCACCAUCAAGGUUCAUCAGCUUGUUGUCUGCCAAAAAACCGGAAGCACUGAUCUUGUUGGCGUUCUAUGCUGCUCUGCUGCACCAUGGCAGACAGCUGUGGCAAGUUAAAAACGCGGGGAUAUUCAUCUUUCGCAUGAUCAACGAGUACCUCGACCCGAUGUGGCAUCAUUGGCUUCAAUAUCCUCGGCGAAUCAUGUCGCAGGAUCUUCAUUAG